AGUAUAUUCAAUGGCGAAUGAGCCUGUGGCAGUAUAAUAUAACCUGUAAACCUCGACGUUUUAAAAGAAAGCGAGCGAUUGAUUUUAUAAUCCAAAAAUGAGUCGUUUUUUCGCAACUGGAUCAGACUCUGAGUCUGAUACCGCCUCAGAAGAAGAGCAGAUUCAGAAAGCACCAACUGCAGCUUUUACAUUCAGCGAUGAAGAAGAAGAAACCAAAAGGGUAGUACGCUCGACAAAAGAGAAGAGAUACGAAGAGAUAGCUAAUCUCAUUAAACUUAUAAGAAACUAUAAGAAGAUUAAAGACAUGAGUAGCAUGCUUUCCAGUUUCGAGGAUUUAAUGCGUGCCUAUCAGAAGGCAUUGCCAGUAAUAGCGAAAGAGGAAGGCGGUCAAACACCCCGUUUUUAUAUCAGAUGUUUGGUAGAAAUGGAAGAUUUCAUCAAUGAAGUAUGGGAAGAUCGUGAUGGUCGCAAGAAUAUGUCGAAAAAUAAUUCAAAAUCGUUGACAUCUUUGCGUCAGAAACUUAGAAAAUAUAACAAAGACUUUGAAGAAGACAUAGUCAGAUUCCGAGAGAACCCUGAUCAGGAUGACGACGAAGAGGAAGAGAAACCCGAAGAAGUUGUGCAGUCAGAGGAAGAGGACGAUAGUGCUGUCGCUUUUAAGAAAGCUGGAUCUGAAGCAAGCGAACCAGACAUUUCUAAAUUUAAGAAGAGCGUAGUCGAUGGGGAGGACGCUAGCGAAAGUGAAUCUGAUUGGGGCAGUUCAUCAGAUAGUGAAAGCACUAGUAGCGAGGAUGAAGGCCAGUAUCAAAAUAUCCGUGAACGAUUUAUCAAAAGAGCUGCGGAUAAAGAGGAUGAAGAAGAUAAAGUAAAACGAAAGGAACAGCGAAAGGAGCGUAAAGAAAAGGAAAGGAAAAAGAAGAAAGACGAGGAUGACGGAGAAGGCGAAUGGGAAACCGUUAAAGGCGGUGUUGCUAUACCAUCUGAGAAACCAAAAAUGUUUGCAAAAGAUGCUGAAAUUAAUGUAGCUGCUGUUUUGAAGAAAUUAUCUGAAAUAAUCGCAGCCCGUGGUAAAAAACGUACAGACAGACGAGAACAAAUUGAAUUAUUACACGAAUUACAGUCCAUAGCCGAUGCUCAUAAUCUUGGACCAGCAGUGGCUGUUAAAAUUAAAUUUUCCAUUGUGUCCUCCAUCUUCGAUUACAAUCCCAAAGUAUCAGACGCGAUGAAGCCCGAGUAUUGGUCAAAGAUAUUGGAACGUAUAACAGAGAUGCUCGACAUGCUUUUGAGCACUAAAGAUAUGAUAAUCGCUGAAGUGAUAUCCGAGGAGGGGGAGGAGUACGAAACACCCCCGUAUAAAAUCCAUGGAUGUGUGUUAACUUUAGUAGAACGAUUAGACGAAGAAUUUAUAAAAUUAUUAAAAGAAUGCGAUCCGCACAGUAACGAAUACGUUGAAAGAUUAAAAGAUGAGAAACAAGUAUCUGCUAUAAUAGACAAGGUUCAGGAAUAUUUAGAAAGGCAAGGAACCGUUUCAGAGCUUUGUCGCGUAUACCUACGUAAAAUUGAACAUUUGUAUUAUAAAUUUGAUCCCAAUGUUCUUAAACAGAAAGAGGGUGAACUUCCUGCUGACAUAGUAACAUCUGUCCAAGUUAUGGAAAAACUUUGCAAAUACGUUUAUGCUCAUGAUGGGACCGAUAGGCUUCGAACUCGCGCGAUUCUUUCCCACAUUUAUCACCAUGCUCUUCACGAUAAUUGGUUCCAAGCGCGUGAUCUUAUUUUAAUGUCUCAUUUACAGGAGACUAUUCAGCAUUCCGAUCCAGCUACCCAGAUUUUGUAUAACAGAACUAUCGCUCACUUGGGCCUGUGUGCAUUCCGUCAUGCGAAUAUCAAAGACGCUCACAACUGUUUGGUCGACUUAAUGGUAACGGGGAAGGUGAAGGAACUUCUGGCACAGGGUCUUCUUCCGCAGAGGCAACACGAGCGUAGUAAAGAGCAGGAGAAGAUCGAGAAGCAACGACAAAUGCCGUUCCACAUGCACAUCAACUUGGAACUUCUCGAGUGCGUUUAUUUAGUUUCCGCGAUGCUGAUCGAAAUCCCGUACAUGGCUGCGCACGAGUUCGACGCGAGAAGAAGAAUGAUUUCGAAGACCUUCUACCAGCAGUUAAGGUCCAGCGAGCGUCAGUCGUUGGUUGGUCCUCCUGAAUCCAUGCGCGAACACGUCGUGGCGGCGGCAAAAGCGAUGCGCAAUGGAAAUUGGUCAGCUUGCAAUAAUUUCAUUAUCAAUGAAAAGAUGAACGCUAAAGUCUGGGAUCUUUUCUACCAAGCGGAUAAGGUUCGGGAUAUGCUGACGAGAUUGAUCAAAGAGGAAGCGUUAAGGACGUAUUUGUUCACUUAUUCUCACGUGUACGAUUCAAUUUCAAUGCCAAAAUUAGCAGAGAUGUUCCAGUUGAAGCGACCGGUUGUUCAUUCGAUUAUCAGUAAAAUGAUUAUCAACGAGGAGCUUAUGGCAUCGUUGGACGACCCAACGGAAACUGUUGUGAUGCAUCGCAGCGAACCGAGCCGUCUGCAAUCCUUAGCGUUACAACUUACCGAUAAGGUUAACAAUUUCGUUGAUUCCAAUGAACGCAUCUUCGAAAUGAAACAAGGAAACUUCUUCUCAAGAGGAAACCAAGGUAACUUCCGCGAUAGGCAGAAUUAUAAUCGGCAAGGACAGGACUGGGGUCGUCAAAGACGUGAUCGUGACCGUGAUCGUAACCGGGAAGAGAAUCGAAAUUAUUAAAUCAUUUUCAAAUGUGGAAUGUUAUUUACUUGGGUGUUCGACAUUAAGUUAUUAUUACGUGUAUGCACUCAUGUAAAUAAUAUUGAGAAUAACAGUAUAUUAAUUCAGUC